AUGGUGCGAUGGCUGCGGUUGCGACUGAAUAUGCUUCCUCUUGUGGCCGCCAUCUUUGAGCCGAUGAUCGAGUGCGCCAACCUCGGUGUUCUCUUCUCGCUCUCUCUGAACUACCUCUUUGGCUUCCGCUUCAUCCACACCUUCCUUCUGCAUCUUGUCGUCUGGAUCCUUCUUGACUACAUCCUACUGCGACUUGUUCAGUCAUUGGAGGCGCUUAUGCUCCAGAUAAUUAUUUCCAUCACUUAG